AGGGGAGGCGCAGGCAGCUGUGCUCUGGGCUGGUUCCUGGGCAGACGGGCGUCCAGGACCCGCUUCUGCAGCCCGAGCGCGGGGUGACGAGCGCCCCCUGGCCGGCACUGCCUGCGGGCGCACCCUCCGUGCCGGCCCCGCCAGAGCCCGCGCCGCCGGGGACCGCUGCGCUCGGACAGGCUGCCCACCCAGCAGGAGCCACUAUGUCACCAUUUCUUCGAAUUGGUUUGUCCAACUUUGACUGCGGGUCCUGCCAGCCUUGUCAAGGAGAGGCCAUUAACCCUUACUGCGCUGUGCUUGUCAAGGAAUAUGUUGAAUCAGAGAAUGGGCAGAUGUACAUCCAGAAAAAGCCAACCAUGUACCCGCCCUGGGACAGCACUUUUGAUGCCCAUAUCAACAAAGGAAGAGUAAUGCAGAUCAUUGUGAAAGGCAAAAAUGUGGACCUAAUAUCUGAAACUACUGUUGAGCUCUACUCUCUGGCUGAGAGAUGCAGGAAGAACAACGGGAGGACAGAAAUAUGGUUAGAGCUGAAACCUCAAGGCCGAAUGCUAAUGAAUGCAAGAUACUUCUUGGAAAUGAGUGACACAAAGGACAUGAGUGAAUUCGAGACUGAAGGCUUCUUUGCUUUGCAUCACCGUCGAGGAGCCAUCAAACAGGCCAAAGUCCAUCAUGUCAAGUGCCAUGAGUUCACCGCCACCUUUUUCCCACAACCCACGUUUUGCUCCGUCUGCCAUGAGUUUGUCUGGGGUCUGAACAAACAGGGCUACCAGUGUCGACAAUGUAAUGCAGCAAUUCACAAGAAGUGUAUUGAUAAAGUUAUAGCCAAGUGCACAGGAUCAGCUAUCAAUAGCCGAGAAACCAUGUUCCACAAGGAGAGGUUCAAAAUUGACAUGCCACAUAGAUUUAAAGUUUACAAUUACAAAAGCCCAACGUUCUGUGAGCACUGUGGAACCCUGCUGUGGGGCCUGGCCAGGCAAGGGCUGAAGUGUGACGCAUGUGGCAUGAAUGUGCAUCACCGAUGCCAGACAAAGGUGGCCAACCUCUGUGGCAUAAACCAGAAGCUAAUGGCCGAAGCACUGGCAAUGAUUGAGAGCACCCAACAGGCUCGCUGCUUAAGAGAUACUGAACACAUCUACAGAGAAGGUCCAGUUGAAAUUGGUCCCCCAAGCUCCAUAAAAGAUGAAGCAAGGCUGCCCUAUGUACUGGCAUCAGGGAAACGAGAGCCUCAGGGAAUCUCCUGGGAGUCUCCCUUGGAUGAGAUGGAGAAAAUGAGCCAUCAUCCAGAACCUGAGCCGAACGUAGAAAGACCAUCUCUACAUAUGAAGUUAAAAAUCGAGGAUUUUGUCUUGCACAAAAUGUUGGGGAAAGGAAGUUUUGGCAAGGUCUUUCUAGCAGAGUUCAAGAACACCAAUCAAUUUUUUGCAAUCAAAGCCCUAAAGAAAGACGUGGUUUUGAUGGAUGACGAUGUUGAGUGUACAAUGGUAGAGAAGAGAGUUCUCUCCUUGGCCUGGGAGCAUCCAUUCCUAACGCACAUGUUCUGUACGUUCCAGACUAAGGAAAACCUCUUUUUUGUGAUGGAAUUUCUCAAUGGAGGAGACUUGAUGUACCACAUCCAGAGCUGCCACAAGUUUGACCUUUGCAGAGCAACGUUUUAUGCUGCUGAAAUCAUUCUUGGUCUGCAGUUCCUCCAUUCCAAAGGCAUUGUCUACAGAGACCUGAAGCUAGAUAAUAUCCUGCUAGACAAAGAUGGGCAUAUCAAGAUAGCGGACUUUGGAAUGUGCAAGGAGAACAUGCUAGGAGAUGCCAAGACAAACACUUUCUGCGGGACCCCUGACUACAUCGCCCCAGAGAUCUUGCUGGGUCAGAAAUACAACCAUUCUGUUGACUGGUGGUCCUUUGGUGUCCUCCUCUAUGAAAUGCUGAUUGGUCAGUCACCUUUCCACGGGCAAGAUGAAGAAGAGCUCUUCCACUCCAUCCGCAUGGACAACCCCUUUUACCCCCGAUGGCUGGAGAAGGAGGCUAAGGACCUUCUAGUGAAGCUUUUUGUGAGGGAACCUGAACAGAGGCUGGGAGUGAGGGGAGACAUCCGCCAGCACCCUUUGUUUCGGGAGAUCAAUUGGGAAGAGCUCGAAAGAAAGGAGAUUGACCCACCAUUCAGGCCUAAAGUGAAAUCACCAUAUGACUGCAGCAAUUUCGACAAGGAAUUCUUAAAUGAGAAACCCAGGCUGUCAUUUGCCGACAGAACACUGAUCAACAGUAUGGACCAGAACAUGUUCAGAAACUUUUCUUUCAUUAACCCAGGGAUGGAGAUGCUAAUAUCCUGAAUCCCCUCUUCAGUCACACGAAGGAAUUGGCCUUUUCUCUGUGAAUUGGUUCGAGUGACACUUCUUGGGUUCCUUUUCAACUUGGGAAAGAAAAGAAACACUCAACAAUAAAGGCUGAGGACUUGGGCUCCUCACUGACUUUGCAUCUGUAGCACAAACCAACUCAACUUCACUAAUGACACCACCUUUGGUUCCUCUCAUCUUUCACAGCUAUUCUUGAAGUUAGGUCAUGACUAACCAUAGUUAUUUACUUGAAAGAUGGUUCUUCUCACUGUGAAAGAUGUGGAAACUUAAUUCUGCUCUAAAUGAUGGCUCUUCGUUGUGCACAAACUGCUGAUCAAUGAAAUACUUGAUGACUCAAGGAGCAGAGUGAGAACAAAUGUCUCAAGACUGAAACAGUAUGUUGCCUGGUGUAGUAAUGGAUUUCAUUCAGCUGCAGACAAGUAAUCACUAACUCGUUUUAUCCUAUGUACAUCUGUGGAAGUGUGAGUAGUAGGGGGUGGGGAGAAGCCCUGAAUAAGUUUUUAAGGGAAUCCUUCAAAAUAAACAUAGCUUGUAACUUGAGAUUUUCAAAUCCAUCAUUCUAAUUAGCCAUGAAAUACACAGAAAAAUGGAAAGUGGGAAGAGCUCAUAUCACUGAUAUGGAAGGUUUUAACAGAAUGCCUACUCUGGUAAUCUUGUCAAUAUAGAUAUUAAAUUUAGAGUCCAACAAAAAUAGAAUCAUGGUAUUCCUUUCAAUAAAACCUUUCCAUCCGUCCAUUCUUAGUUGAUUUCACUCAUUGCCAUCCUCACAGUUAUUAUAACAAGUGAAGAGAUGAAGUAUAUAAUUCUUCCAAGAGAAAAAAAGCAGUCCCUUAUACCAAUUGAUGAUUCAUAAGUCUCUCUUUAGGCAUCACUGAAGAGACACAUGCAUGCUAAUUGUAGCAGUCAGUCUUAUUAAAUUACAAUACUAGCUAUACAUUUUUAAGUAUCUGUGCUGUUUGUAUAUUUUGAUAAAAUGUUGUGACUUAAUGACAAAGAAGUGGAUAUGUAAACAUGGAAUAAAAGAAAGAAAGAAAGAAAGAAAGAAAGAAAGAAAGAAAGAAAGAAAGAAAGAAAGAAAGAAAGAAAGAAAGAAAGAAAGAAAGAAAGAUGCCUCUUAAUAGUUUUUCUAGUGCCCCCACAAGAACUUGGUUCUGUCAUGGCUAUCAUAAAGAUAUAGCUAGAAUUGAGUUGAUAUUUUAAAUUUGGGGAAUCAAUAGAAAUCCCAAAGUGGGGAAGAAACUCAGAUAACCCUUAAGCCAUUGGUAUUUUGUUCCUUUUCCCCUUCACCACAAGAUUCCUUGAAGGGGUGGUAAACACAGUUGCCUCUUCUCUCGAACUUCUCUCUCCUGCCACUGCUUUCUAGAAGGAUUACCUUCUUGUCAGCCCUUAUGGAGUGUGCUAGGUCCUCCUCAACCUUUCUACAGUGUGUUACAACAGAAAAAAGCCUCUCUUUUAUCUCAACCCCUCGGACACUCUGACACAGCACAUUCCUCUUCCAUCCCCGUUACCUUUGAUUACCUCGUUGACAAGCCCCUUUUCCUCCUUCUGCCCCAAAUCACUCCCAAUGCCUCCUUCCCUUCUUGCCUUCACUUCCCUUGGUUCUCUCCUUGCACCUCCUGUCUUAAGGCUCACUCAAUCCAAUUAAUCUUAAAGUUCACAUCUCCGGCUCUAACCUCUCUGCCAGGCUUCAAAUAGGCUCCAUGAACUAUUUCAUGUUCUUACAACCUUUAUCCCUAAUGCAUUUCCUAUUUCUGUUAAUGGCAUCAUCACAGGCCCAGUCAUCCAGGCUCAGAACCUCAGUCUUUACUGACUAGUUGACUGUCCUCUCUCAUUUUUUUUUUUAAUGAAAUUAUCAUGAUUCUGCUUCUGCAAUCUCUCCAAAGUACAUUACUCAUCUCUACUUUCUUUCCUAUUAACCAUGCUUGGAUCAAUCUUCCCAUCUUAAGUCUCUCUCUCUCUUCAUUUUAACUCACAUACACAGCCUAUAUUACAAACGUUAAGGUUAAAGUAACUUUUCCUUUACUCACUUAUAUUAAGUUCCUGGAGCUUGCAAAUUAAACUGACAAAAGACAUAUCAGCAAAAGAGGCAUGAUGUUAUUUACUCAUCCAGUGCACAUACAAGUGGGAGUGCUCAGGGAUGAGUCACUCAAUGGACUGGUUAGAAUUGAGGGCUAAAAUACCUAACUUAGCAUGAAAAAGGGGAAAAGAAGAAAUACUCCUAUAGGAAGAACAAAUAUGUUUCUUUAGGAAAGACAAAUGGCAUUUCAGAAGGUUAAACAGGAGAUAAAGUUUUUGAUAAUGUUUGAAUGGUCUUUUCAUCUUCCUCAGGGCCACUCCCUCAGAGACAGGGUUUACAGGAAGUAGGUUUACUCUUGGUCUCACUCCUGUACAUACUCACCGCAAUGAAGGAACCCAAAGAAGGAAUUUAUGGUGGUCCUCGUUUCUCCAAAGUUUUGGCUUGUAGUCUGAUAA